CUGGAGGACCUGCGUCGCUUUUCUGAGAUGAACGGAGCAUCAGCCAACAUGGCCCGAGAGGAGCUCAGAGAGUCCGCCCUGAGGAUCGAGAGCCUCACUGCCCAGCUGGCAGGACUGCAGAAAGAGACUCGUGGCUGGCGUGAUCGUAUAAUGGAGCUGGAGGCAGCUUUGGCUCAGGAGAAAGACACAAGUCGCAAGCUGCUGGCCGACAAAGACCGCGACAUGGCUGAGAUCCAGGCCAAGAUGCUGCUGCAGCUGAACGAGUACGAACAGCUGCUGGAUGUAAAACUGGCUCUGGACAUGGAGAUCAACGCCUACCGCAAACUUCUGGAGGGAGAAGAAGAAAGACUGAAGCUAUCUCCAAGUCCUUCGUCCCGUGUCACGGUGUCCCGAGCCUCGUCCAGCAGCCGCAGUGUGCGGACCACUCAGGGAAAGAGGAAGCGUGUUGACGUGGAGGAACAGGAAGCCAGCAGCUCGGUGUCCAUUGCUCACUCUGCCUCAGCCACGGGAUCCAUCUGCAUCGAUGAGAUUGAUACGGACGGCAAGUUCAUCUGCCUGCUCAACACCGGAGAUGAGGACCAGGCCAUGGUGGGUUAUGAGAUGAUAAAGACAAUUGGAAGUGCUGCAGCCACCUACAAGUUCACACCCAAAUAUGUCCUGAAGGCUGGCCACAAAGUCAUGGUUUGGGCGUCCAAUGCCGGUGUGAGCUCCAAACCUCCCACAGAUCUCGUGUGGAAGAACCAGUCCUCCUGGGGUUCAGGGGAGGAUGUCCAGGUAGCACUGAUCAACCCUCAGGGAGAGGAGGUGGCAAAGAGAAUCACAACAUACAAGACAGCAGUAGAAGAGCAGGAUGAGGACGAUGACGAUAGCGGAGUGGAGGCCAUUGAGGAAGACCUCUUCCACCAACAGGGAGAACCUCACACUGCCAAGAGAAACUGCUCCAUCAUGUGAGCCCACCGCACCGACCAGCCACCUCCUCUGAGCCCAGCCAGUCUGCUGCCAACUGUAAUUCUAGAACUAUUUUUCUAUCUUUUGUAGUGUAUUUUAAUAAAAUUUAUUUAAUGUUUUUAUUUCUUAUCAAAUCCGCUUUUGGUAGAUGUAUUUUCAUCAGAAAAACCAAAAUAACAUUGUUACUGAACAAAGUUUGUAGAACCUAUUUUCUUGUUUUAAAAACCAUGCAAACAGUAGCUAAACUCGGCUUAAAGAAAACAAUGGGUCAGGUGCUAUGUCAUUAUUUUUUUUUUAAUUAGCUUUGAAUUUUGUCAUUUUGUAUUUUAUCAUUAUUAUUAUUAUUAUUUUAUUGAUAUAUUUUAGGCUAUAAUUUAUAAGAAAAAGCCACAGGAUGUCAGUGAUUAGUUUAGGUAAUUAGAUUGGUUUUUCAAUUAGCUAAAAAAAAAAACCUACUGUAAUAUUUUUUUAAAAUUUAAUAAAUUUGGGGCGGGGGGAAAUACUAAAAGGACACUAAAAUCUCCACAGUUAAAGGAGUUCAUGUAAUAAAUGACUUCCUCCCAUCAGUCAGAACCUUGACUGGACAAAAUCUCCGAAUUACACAAUAUGGAAGCCUGUUCAAUCCUUCUAGUAUGUUUAGAGAAAAAGCUCAAAAUACCACGAUUGUAUGAUUGUAUUCAUAAGGAAGUCAGGACAGUUGAAGUUUGUUGAAGGUGUUGAAUUACCGUAAAGCCCCUCACAGUACGUGUAGGAUUUGUGGCUUUGGCCACUCCUUGUUCUAGUAUGAAACAGAACUGACCUGGGGACACUAAAGAAAAUGGACUGAAAACUAUAGCCUGCAAAAACUUGCAUUUGCAUACAGACGAAAGCUUAAGUCAUCAGAAUCAUUUGACAGAUUUGACAUCACAAUACAGCCCCCUACCCACAGGCGGGGGCUGUAAUAUGGUGUAGUGAAAUGAAUUUUCUAAGCUGACUUGGAAUAAGCAUCGCACCACUAAUUAAGAAGUGUUGAUUGUAUUCUUAACUUUUGAUAUUGAAGUGUUUGAAGUUCUUUUUGUGUUGGUGUGUUACUAUGCAUGCUAUGGCUGUAAUCUUCAUAGUUGAAUGAUUAAAUGUAGUUUUCUUGUA